UCCCCCGUCUCACCCUCCUAAGCCGUCAAGCAACACGCACAAUGGCCACUACAUCCUCCACUUCCACCCCCCAGCCUGCUCCCUGGAAGCAGGCCUUCCUCAAGGACCUCGACAAGAUGGAUUCGCCCGAAUUCGUCUUUUCCUCUCUGCACGCAGCUCCCAAGGACUCACCCACCCCUUACCUGCCCCGCGCACGCUACUGCAUCUUCCGCGGUUUCUGGGCCGAACUGCCCGAGAACAAGCACAACGAAGCACCCAUGAACCCCCGCGUUUUCGAAUCCGAAAUGCCCACCUUUACCUCUGAUGUUAGAAUGAUGAAGGUGCCCGAGCUGUUCAGCAGUGGCAGCGGACAUGCGGACAAGGAAGAGCAGAUGCAGGGAAGUGGCGGUGGUGGUCCUUGUGAGGCUGUCUACUGGAUCAAGGAGACCGGUACGCAGUGGAGAUUGAAGGGUGAAGCUUUCGUGGUAGGACCCGAUAUCGAGGGCGAGAGCGAGCAGAGCAAGGAGAGCAGUGGUGUGAGGACUGUCAAGAGUGAAUUGGGCAGCCGUAUGAGAAUUGUGGAUGAGGGCAAGCAGGGAGAGUGGUCUUGGAACAAAGAGCUUACUGCUCACUUUGGAAACAACUCGCCUGGUUUGAGAGGUUCGUUCAAGGCACCCCCGCCCGGCAAACCGACCUCGGAGCCCUACGACGACAAGAACCUAGCUCUCGGCACCAAGGUCGAGGACCUCAACGACCCCGUCGCAAGAAAGAACUUUAGAGUUGUCGUCAUCAAACCCGAGGAGGUUGAGCAGCUCGACCUCAGCGACCCCACAAAGGCACGCAGACAGGUCUACAUCUACCAAGCCGACGGUACCUGGAAGCAGGAGGAGCGCUGGCCUUAAGACUUCCGUGAAGUUCUCAUGGAAAGCUCACAUGCAUAUAAACGACCAUCAAGACAAAACAUCAAAGUAGAAAUCAUAAUGCAAUUUAAUCAUGUCCAUAACCGUCCACCAACCAACGCCAACGAUCCAGAGGGGUAUAUCAAGUGAAGAAAAAGAGAAAAAGGCGUGAAAGAAGAAACAAGAAACCGAAGAAGAUGAAUGCCGCCCAAGUCUUCAAACCAAGCUCUGCUCCAUCUCUGUAAUGUAGAGCUUGAUGUGCGACUCCAUCUUCAAGUAUUCCUCCUUUGCACUUUGCACCUCCAUAUCGAUAUUCUCCUUCAAAUCCGCCAUCUUCUUCUCCGUCUGUUCAAUCCUAAUACGUCUUCUCUCAACCUCUUCCCCACGC